CGAUCGUUUACUCCUCCUCUCUCUCCGGCUGUCUGGCGGAUACCGACUUUUCAGCCCAUUUGCUGGAUACUAGACUCCCAGCCCAUUUGUCAUUUUCGAAGUACAAAAGCAUAAUUUGGUGUGUUAGGGGUUUUCCGCCCUAAAUCGCUUCCAGACUCACCGCGAUCGUAGCCGGCCGGGGACCUUUUCGCCGUCAGCCAUGGGUAUCUCUCGGGAUUCGAUGCAUAAGAGGAGAGCUACUGGUGGUAAGAAGAAGGCCUGGAGGAAGAAGCGAAAGUAUGAGCUCGGAAGACAACCUGCAAACACAAAACUGGUUCCAAAUGCUAAAACAGUUCGAAGGGUCAGGGUUCGAGGGGGCAAUGUGAAGUGGCGUGCCUUGAGAUUGGAUACCGGGAACUAUUCUUGGGGAAGUGAAGCUCUCACCAGGAAGACUAGGAUUUUGGAUGUGGUUUAUAAUGCCUCAAACAACGAGUUGGUCAGGACCCAGACAUUGGUUAAGGGUGCUAUCGUUCAAGUUGAUGCUGCACCAUUUAAGCAGUGGUAUCUCCAGCACUAUGGAGUUGAAGUUGGUCGCAAGAAGAAGACUGUUGCUGCCAAAAAAGAAGGAGAGGAUACCACUGAGGCUGCUGCUCCUGAGGAGAAGAAAAGCAAUCAUGUUGCGAGGAAACUGGAACAACGCCAAAAGGAUCAUAAAAUUGACCCACAUAUUGAGGAGCAAUUUGCAGGAGGCCGCUUGUUAGCUGCAAUUGCUUCAAGGCCUGGCCAGUGUGGUCGUGCUGAUGGUUACAUUUUGGAGGGCAAGGAACUGGAGUUUUACAUGAAGAAACUUCAGAAGAAGAAAGGAAAGGCUGCUGGUGGUGCAGCUUAGAUUCUAUUCAUUCAGUUUUGACACAUUAUCCCUUUUUACUUAUGUAUUGCAAUUUGUGACUUUGUCACAAAUUAUCAGUUUAGAAUUGUCUCCUAAACAUUAUUAUAUUGAGAGUUGUUGACCUGCCCUAUUACUUUUGCAGUCAUGCUUUUCAUUAAAAUAUGAGAUCGCUUUUUGGAUUAUCUAUUCUUUUAGUAUUCCCUUUUUCUCGUUGGCGU